UGAAGCGGAGCAUGAGCAUCUUGACAACGCAAGGAGCGAGACGUCAUCGCCAUGGCCAACGUCGACGCAUCACAGUGGCUCAUGCUCCUCCUCGCCUUCCUAGUCGCACUCUUCAUCCUCCUCUCGCUGCGAAAAUGCGGCGGCCGCAGCCGCGUGCCCCCGGGCCCGCUCGCCGUGCCUGUCCUCGGCAACCUGCUCUGGCUGAGCCACUCCUCCGCCGACCUGGAGCCCCUGCUCCGGCGCCUCAUCGCGGUGUACGGCCCCGUCGUGUCGCUGCGCGUGGGAUCCCACCUGUCCAUCUUCGUCGCCGACCGCCGCGUCGCGCACGCCGCGCUGGUGGAGCGCGGCGCCGCGCUCGCGGACCGGCCGGAGGUCACGCGCGCGCUCCUCGGCGAGAACGGCAACACCAUCUCGCGCGGCAACUACGGGCCGACGUGGCGCCUCCUGCGGCGCAACCUCGUCGCCGAGACGCUGCACCCGUCGCGCGCCCGCGCGGCCUUCGCCCCCGCGCGCUCCUGGGCUCGCCGCGCGCUCGUCGACGGGUUGGUGGGCGGCGGCGCCGUGCUGGCGGACGCGUUCCGGCACGCCAUGUUCUGCCUCCUCGUGCUCAUGUGCUUCGGCGAGUGGCUCGACGAGGCCGCGGUGCGCGCCAUCGGCGACGCGCAGCACGGCUGGCUCCUGCACUACGCGACGAAGAUGAAGGUCUUCGCGUUCUGCCCGGCGGUCACCAAGCACAUCUUCCGUGGGCGCAUCCAGACGAGCCUCGCUCUGCGGCGGCGGCAGAAGGAGCUCUUCAUGCCGCUCAUCAGCGCGCGGCGAGAGCGCAAGAACCAACUCGCGGAACGCGCGGUGCCGGAGAAGGAGACGACGACGUUCGAGCACUCGUACGUCGACACGCUGCUCGACAUCAAGCUCCCUGAGGACGGCGGCGACCGCGCUCUCACCGACGACGAGAUGGUCAGGCUCUGCUCCGAGUUCCUCGACGCAGGCACGGACACGAUGUCAACCACGCUGCAAUGGAUCAUGGCCGAGCUGGUCAAGAACCCAUCCAUCCAAUCCAAGCUCCACGACGAGAUCAAGUCCAAGACCAGCGACGACCACGACGAGAUCACCGAGGAGGACACCCAGAAGAUGCCAUACCUGAAGGCCGUCAUCCUCGAGGGUCUCCGGAAGCAUCCGCCGGGCCACUUCGCGCUGCCACACAAGGCGGCGGAGGACAUGGAGGUCGGCGGGUACCUCAUCCCCAAGGGCGCCACGGUGAACUUCAUGGUGGCCGAGAUGGGAAGAGACGAGAAAGAAUGGGAGAAUCCAAUGGAGUUCAUGCCGGAGAGGUUCCUCCCCGGCGGCGACGGCGAGGGGGUGGACGUGACGGGCAGCAAGGGGAUCCGCAUGAUGCCGUUCGGCGUCGGGCGGAGGAUUUGCGCGGGGCUCAACACCGCCAUGCUGCACCUGGAGUACUUCGUGGCCAAUAUGGUCAGGGAGUUCGAGUGGAGGGAGAUCGCCGGCGAAGAGGUGGACUUUGCCGAGAAGUUGGAGUUCACCACCGUCAUGGCAAAGCCACUUCGCGCUCAGCUCGUGCGCAGGAGGAUGAAUUAAACGGGUUUAACGAAAUUUAGUUUUCUAUGUAAUAAUGAGCCCUAUGUGGGCUGGUUAGCUUAAUUCGAUUAUGUGUUGGAAAAAAAAAUAUGUUUUACCUCCCUCAACUAUUGAUCCAUAUCUCUCAAUCGUAAAAUCAGAUAUAGAGAAUCUCUCAACUCUCAUAACCUGUUCAAUUUGUCUUAUUUAGAGGUUUGGUGGUUUGGAUAUUGCUUUUGUUUUAUGUGGCAUGUUGACCUAGUCAACUCAUGCUAACAACUCGAUCUGUGAGUCCACAAGAGCGUCGUUGCUAGCUGGACGGAGCACCACCGUCGACUCGUCCC